GUGAAUUCUUCUUUGAGAAUUUACAUUCUGAAUGCUAAUCUAACAACUGUGCAUAGGAAUAUUUUGGAGGCAAUUGCUAGGAAUGGUGGUUUUUCAAGCAUCAUUAUGGAGAAUAUUGUUGCUGAUGGAAACAUGAACGACUUCAUCAAUGCUGCAGAUAUUGUGCUAUAUGGGUCUUUUCUUGAGGAACAAUCCAUCCCUACUGUUCUUAUACGAGCUAUGUGUCUGGGAAAACUGGUUGUUGCUCCUGACUUGAGCAUGAUUAGCAAAUAUGUUGACAAUGGGGUAAAUGCAUAUCUUUUCCCCAAAGAUAAAGUUGGCAUGGUGAGUAAGAUACUACUUGAAGUGGUUUCAAAUGGAAAAUUGUCUCCAUUGGCACAACAAGUUGCAUCACUAGGAAAGGAACGUGCCAGAAAUCUAAUGGCGUCAGAAACUAUUCUAGGGUAUGUUUCAUUGUUGGAAAAGGUUCUCAAUUAUCCAUCAGAAAUUGCAAUUCCUAAACCUGUUGACGAGAUUCCUAUAAGACUACAAAAAGAAUGGCAAUGGGAUCUUUUUGUGAAUGUAAGAACCAUCAGCAAUCUCAAUCUAAGCAUUAGAAGUUACCAAAUGUUGGAAGGGCUUGAGGAGCCACUGAAUCAUGGCAGUUUUGGUAAUACUUCUGCAGAUGCUGACAAAAUAUUUUCCUCUAUAGUGUGGGAGGAUGAGAAAGAAAUCGAAAUGGUGACUGCCAAAAUACGGAUUCAAGAAGAAGAGUUGAAAGAUAGGACUGAUCAACCUCAUGGAACAUGGGAUGAAGUUUACAGGAGCGUUAAAAGAGCUGAUAGGGCUAGAAAUGAAUUGCAUGAGCGAGAUGACAGGGAGCUUGAGCGAACAGGUCAACCCCUGUGCAUAUAUGAACCUUAUUUUGGUCAAGGGGCUUGGCCUUUUCUUCGUCAUACCUCACUUUACCGUGGAAUUGGCUUACAGUCCUCGAAAGGCCGAAGACCUGGAGCUGAUGACAUAGAUGCUUCCUCACGUCUUCCACUUCUUAGUGAUUCAUACUACAGAGAUGUGCUUGGUGAAUAUGGAGCAUUCUUUGCUUUAGGUUACCACAUUGAUCGUGUACAUAAGAAUGCUUGGAUUGGUUUCCAGUCGUGGAGAGCUUCAGCUAAAAAGCUUAGUUUAUCUAAAGAAGCAGAAGCAAAACUCUUGAAGGCCAUUCAAUCACAAAGGCAUGGAGAUGCUUUCUACUUUUGGGUUGGGAUGGACAAAGAUCCAAGAAAUAGCCAACAAAUGGCUUUUUGGGAUUUUUGUGAUGCAAUAAAUGCUGGAAAUUGCAGGUUUGCUGUUGCUGAGAUUCUUCGGAAGAUGUAUGGUAUACAAGCUGAUUGGAAUUCAUUACCUCAAAUGCCAAAUGAUGGGGAUUCAUGGUCUGUUACAAAUAGCUGGGUUUUGCCUACAAGGUCCUUCCUGGAGUUCGUAAUGUUUUCCAGAAUGUUUGUUGAUGUAAUGGAUAGGAUGAUUUAUGAUGAACACCGCACUAGUGGGCAUUGUUUUUUGAGCAUAUCCAAGGACGGACAUUGCUAUUCUCGUCUUCUGGAGUUGCUUGUGAAUGUGUGGGCAUAUCAUAGCGCUCGGCGGAUGGUGUAUGUAAACCCGGAGUCUGGUGCUAUGGAGGAACAGCACAGGCUGAAGAACAGGAGAGGCCAGAUGUGGAUCAAGUGGUUCUCCUACGCCACUCUAAAAUCCAUGGAUGAGGAUCUCGCAGAGGAAGCCGAUUCUGACCGUCCUUCCCGGAGAUGGCUGUGGCCUUCGACUGGUGAGGUAGUUUGGCAGGGUGUAUACGAGCGCGAGCGGAACAUGAGGCACAAGCAGAAAGAGCGGCGAAAACAACAGAGCAGAGAUAAGAUUCAAAGAAUAAAGAAGAGGGCGAGGCAAAAGACACUCGGUAAGUACAUCAAACCAUCUCCGGAUGACGUCGUCGAUUCCAACACUACUGAAGUCCGGUGACCAUUGUCAUGUGAAGAAACCAUUUGGCUAUUAUUAUUUUGCCAAGUUUUUUUUCUGUUCAUUGUGGGUUCUGUUUCUUUCUUUUUUCUUUUUGUUUCUUUUUUUGGCUUUGGGAUCUUAGCGAGUUAGCCUAUCAACUGUUGGCUGUUUAUUAGACAAUUAAUGGUCUCUACUCAACCAAGUGUUACUACUAUUUGUAAUAAAUAAAUAAGUAAUUAAAUUUUUUCAGUGAAA